AUCAACCUCCAUCUCCGCCCUAGUUCUUCAACGUGGCAUGCGCCCUUACUGAUCAUGCACAGAUUCCUUUUUGUUGAAUAAUGCCCCCUGGUCGAUUUGUGAUGUGUGCUUCCCCCCGUUUGAGGACGGUCGGGUGUCCCUGUACCAGCUCAUCCCGCUCGAUCGCGGCCCAAAGUUUCAGGCCCGGCCUUUCCUUUCAACCACCAUACCAUCAGGCGUUUCUUGAUCUUAGAUUGCAUAUUGUGGGCUCCUUGUCCUAGAACUGGAUGUCUUGUGGUUGAAUAUGAGGGCGGGGUUGACUAUGGUCAGACCUCUAGUCGGUCUAGCAUUUCGACAGGGCGCAGCGUUGCGGACUUACAUUCCCGGAAAUUACGAGGGUGGAAAAAGCGUUGGAAUUUGCCUUGAGCGUCUCGUACAUUGACUCCGUCACCUUCGGUGCAUCGUCACCGUUCUUAUCGACUUUCCCCCAUGGAUCAACAUGUGCCAACAUGAGAACCCGCUUAUACUGCAGAAACGGACAAGAUGCCAGCUCAGCUCACCCAGGAUCGAAAUCAUAUCCGCCCGUGCUUUAUUCCCUGGCAAUUUUCUCCGGUUAACAAGCCAUCAGUUUAUCUGUAAAUCGCGACGACUCUCUGCAUUUCGUUUGCACCCGACAGGAGGGUUGACAGGCCUACAAUGUGAGGUCCGGGAAAUUGACCUCGAUGUGAUACUGGCAUUUGGUUUCAACAGAGAAGCAUGACGUGUUGAGUCGAUACUCCCUGGUUGGCAGUUGGAUGAUCACUGGGGCGAAUGAUAAUGCUCCAAGCGACCAUUGAUUUUCAUGGUGUGACCCGAUGAUUCAACGGGUUCAGUCGACGGCUCACAACAGCAUCUUUUUUUGCAGUUAGCCUGGCCUACAAUACGUAGAUAGUUCUGUCGGACAAGCAAACUCGGUCUGAAGUGGCUUCGCCACGGGCAACUGUACAGAGUGCGGAUCGGACUCGAGAAAAGAGCUCCGAUAUCUGAACUAACCCUGUCAGCUCACCAACUGCCCCUUCAGAUCAUUCUUUGAGCUAGAAGUGGACAUACUCGGCACCCAAGGCAAGUCUCCUGGCCAGAAAUCACACCAAAGGACGAGCUGCACAUGUUUCAGCAGCUGCAUGUCAUCUUGUCGAAUCAACCUGUAGAGCCGCAACGGGGCCCAUUCAACCCCCAAGGCUAUUCAACCCCCAUGCAGCGCUUACGACAAAGUAGUUAUUCUGCCUGAAUGGUGUAUUGAUAAAUCUGAAUAGUGCGGACUUUCCGGUACCCGGAAAAACUACCCUUCCGCCUCCCCCAACCCCGAAAGACUUCUGGAAACGCGGACACGGUUGGAUCGCCUACGCAUUUCAUCUUUAUCUCCAGAUCGAGCCUACGUCCAAGUACCGGCGCUUGUUGAACUUCUCUACUGUCUUUAUUUGAACCAGAUGCCGUUGGCGCAGUUCACAUGGCUGGGUCCCGUAGGAGUCCGUUGAGAGACCAGUGGAGCGCUGACCAAGACCGCGAUCCCCGUGACGGGGACCGGCGCAGAGGUCGAGGGUCAGGCCGUGAUCGAGGAAGAGGUAGAGGGCGUGACCGAGGUCGCCCAUAUCGGCCCAAUACCCGCAAUUUUGACCGACCCGGACGGUCGCCACCACGCGCGUCCCGCUUUGGCCCUGGCCCUUCUCACGGCCCUGGUGAUUUUGCAUCAGAUCGAUCUCCUCCUCGAGGUUCCCCUGGACCUGUCCCCUUCAACAACCGUCGACCGGAUUUGAAUCGACCAUCAUCAGCGGGCGACUGGAACGGCCACCCUUCCGGUUCUUUCAACAGAGAAUACCCGAGUACUCGACGAGACGAGUCACCUUCAGGACCCCCAUUCAAACGCCAACGAACUCGAAGUCCCUCUCCCCGUGGCCGCCGACCUCCUCUCCCUCCACAGUCAAGCUACGGCAAGCACGGCGAAGGACGAGACCGAAGCCCUUCAUUCAAGAAACGUGGUGGCCGGUUCCAGGGCCGUGGUGGUCCCAGGCGAAGAUCACCUCGACGAGGCCGGGAUCGUCGUGGAAAAGACCGUCGCCGUCCAGAUAUUCCACGCCCAGGAAGAUCUAGAUCACCAGUUCAUGACCGGGGAUUUCAUCCUUCACCUGACCGACGGUCUCGAUCGCUAAGUGGUGAUAAUUACAGUGACCACGGAUCUCACUAUCGCUCGAACUCGCGGCAUUCCGCAGGCUCACACUCCAGACUCUCUGUAGCAUCUCACACAUCAAGGCUUCUCUCUGAAAUGAAUGCUACCCGUCCAAUUCAAUCCAUUCUGGACGACAGACCUAGGUCUCCAUCUCCACCACGCCCGAUCCCGAGUUUUGACUCUGAUAACUUUGGUGAGCCGCGAGAUGCAGUUUCAAUGCACGGACCGCAUGGACCAGAUAUGAGACAGAAGCCAUAUCGUCGAUCGUCCCGGCCACAUCUUGAUACUCGACCUUAUGGAACAUCCCCUCAACACCCGACGGCCGGCUCAUACCAUGGCUCCCCGCCACCAGGCUCGCCUUACUCUGGACGAGGUGGCUGGAAUGGCCCGUCGGCGUAUUCUGCACCUGGUCACGCCUCUCCUUAUCGACAGGAUAGCUACUCACAGAACGGGCACGGGCAUUAUUCUCAUAAUCAAGGUCAAUUCAACAGCCCUGGGAACCAUCACCCUCAGUCCCCAUAUGGUGGGUCUUACCGAGGUGGUCACUCUGGCGGUAGUCAUCGGGGCAACUUCUCAAACCAAGGGCCCGACCGGCGAUUUUCCGGCCCUGGCUCCCAUCAUUAUCAAUCUGGACAUCCGCAGCGUGACGCAAAGGGGCAUUUUAAUAAUUUGCAAUGGACUGCUUCGGGGUCUCGAGGUCGUGGAGGACAACAUAACCCUCACCCGGCACACAGCCAUGGCUCACAGACCCCCAAUCGACCGCGUUCCACCAAUGACCCUCAGUCCCCUCGGGGAGGCGAAAACAGGGAGAUCCCUCAUGUUCGAUCUUCCAAUAGAGAUUACCAUGAUGAUAAUCAGGCACAGCCCGCACCGGAAAGCGAGAAUGCCCCAUCCAUGCAACCACCAACUGAUGAGCCCAAUACCUCGACUCCGAACAAAGGCGGGAAGUUCAGUUUUGCUUUCAAAUCCAAGGCUGCACCUUCACCCGCGCCGAAACCUGUACCUGAUCUUGCUCAGAGGAUGCAAGUUCGCGAGCCGGCCCCUCGUGCACCCGAGCCACCACAGCCUCGCAAUCGGCUGACCAACGGGCCACUGCCCAAGUUCAAACCGGAACCCAGGCAUGAUCGCCGUGACCGGGGUGGACGUGAUCGUGGACGGGAUCGCAGAGACUUCCGUGAACAACGAGAAUUCCGCGACCCGCGAGACCGAAGAGAUGAUCGCCGGUUUGAUCAACGCCGUGAUAGACGGCCAGGUGAUCGACCUCCUGGACCAGAUCGUCGCCGUGAACCGUCUCCAGAGCCCCUGAGAGAGGCACCCAAGCAGAAAAGGAUCCUCACUCGCCCUAAACCUCCACCCACAAUUCCUAAGGAGUUUGCCGAUUCUGAUUCUGUUUACUUCCGAAAGCCGGGCAAUGAGUCUGUCAUCGGUGCCGGUACCUAUGGCAAAGUGUUCAAGGGAAUCCAUGUCUACACCCAGCGGCAGGUUGCGCUCAAGAAAAUCCGAAUGGAAGGUGAAAAAGACGGUUUCCCGUCACAGCGAAAUCACAACGUCGUCAACCUUCUCGAGGUUAUGGUCGAAAAGAACGAAUGUUUCAUGGUCUUUGAAUAUUUGUCCCACGAUCUAACUGGUCUCAUCAACCAUCCUACUUUCUCCCUCACCCUCGCCCACAAGAAGGAUCUUGCCAAACAGAUGUUUGAAGGUCUGAAUUACCUUCAUCACCGUGGUGUCCUCCACCGAGAUAUCAAAGCUGCCAACAUCCUGAUCAGUAAUCGAGGAUUGUUGAAGUUUGCCGACUUUGGUCUGGCCCGAUUCUUCUCCAAAAGUCGCCAACUCGACUACACCAACCGCGUCAUUACCAUCUGGUACCGUCCCCCUGAACUACUUCUUGGCGAGACCCGAUACGGCCCAGCUGUGGAUGUGUGGAGUGCUGCAUGUGUCUGCAUGGAGAUGUUCACCAAGAAGGCUGUAUUCCCCGGCGAAGGUGGUGAACUUAGCCAGAUGGACAAGCUCUACAAUCUUUUGGGUACUCCCACGAAGACCGAAUGGCCAGAUCUCGUGGAGAUGCCAUGGUUCCACCUCAUGCGGCCAACCGAACGCAAGAAGCGCGUUUUCGAGGAUGUUUACCGUGAUGUGCUGACAUCUGGUGCCAUGGACCUUAUCUCUUCCGUCUUCCGCUAUGAUCCCGCUCAACGGCCUAGUGCCGAAGAUGUCCUCAAACAUCCCUACUUCGUAUCGGAGGAACCAACUCCUCACCCACCGAUUGAAUUGGAGCAUGUUGAAGGAGACUGGCACGAGUUUGAAUCCAAGGCUCUCCGCAAGGAAGCUCGACGCGUGGAGUACCAGAACCAAAAGGACCGCGACAAGCGCAAGGCUGAAGCUUCGGUGACGAGCAGUGAUCGGGAUCCCAAGCGCACGAGGCAAGAUACAAGUGGCCAUGGCUCGUCGCACGGGUGACGAGUGAUAUCUUUUUUAAUGUUUCCUUCUUUGCUUUUGAACUGCAUCGGACCUGGCAGGUGGAAUGGUUUGCAUUUAUGUUUACGGGAUUCACUAUUCGGGACUUGGGCUUGCUUGUUACUUAUUGCCCAUUGAGCAUAAAUCUUCAAAUUAAAAUUUACUUUAUUUAAGUUCAUUUCAAAGGGUGUACUGCUAGAGUAGGUGGAUGGUAGAUGGUACGGGUGGCAUCAGUAGUGGCUGAG